CCCCGCCUCCAGCUGGCCAGGGACCACCCGGAACCGGGAUCCGGCAGGCUGAACCGGGCUGGGAGCGCCUGGAAACUUCAAGGAGGGGGCGGGCCCGGGGACGGUGGCCCCUGGAGCGGUUGCCGCGGGGACCGGGUGGUGACGCGGCCCGAGGGCGGAAGUGAGAAAGUUGCCGGCGUCCCGAGACGAGUUGGCGGAGCUGUGCGCGCGGCGAGGCGAUGGGGGGCUCUGGCAGUCGCUUGUCCAAGGAGCUGCUGGCCGAGUACCAGGAUUUGACGUUCCUGACCAAGCAGGAGAUCCUACUAGCCCACAGGCGGUUUUGUGAGCUGCUUCCCCUGGAGCACCGGGGUGUGGAGGAGUCACUGCAGGCACGGGUGUCCUUGGAACAGAUCCUCAGCCUUCCAGAACUCAAGGCCAACCCCUUCAAGGAGCGAAUCUGCAGGGUCUUCUCCACAUCCCCAAACAGAGACAGCCUGAGCUUUGAGGACUUCUUGGACCUCCUCAGUGUGUUCAGUGACACAGCAACCCCAGACAUCAAGUCCCACUAUGCCUUUCGCAUCUUUGAUUUUGAUGAUGAUGGAACCUUGAACAGAGAAGACCUGAGCCAGCUUGUGAACUGCCUUACAGGAGAGGGUGAGGACACACGGCUCAGCGCUUCAGAGAUGAAACAGCUCAUUGACAAUAUCCUAGAAGAGUCCGACAUUGAUAGGGAUGGAACCAUCAAUCUCUCUGAGUUCCAGCAUGUCAUCUCCCGCUCACCAGACUUUGCCAGCUCCUUUAAGAUUGUCCUGUGACAGAAGCCACAGCGUGUGUCCCAGCACCUUGUCAAAGAACCUUUCCACUACUGAGCUGCGGCCAAGGUUACACCUGUGUUGCCAGGGCCGGCCAAGCUGGCCCAGCCUGGAGCUGGCACUGCGCAGUCUUGCCCGGGGCAGGGGAGGGCCCUCCACGUCAAGGCCUCUCCCCUUCUCACUGCCAUUGUCAUCCGCUCUGUUUGUGUUUCUACUAAUCAAUAAUAAAGGUUUAGAAGUUUUGA